ACUGAGAAUACUAUUACAAUAUCCAUGUGAACAAGAACUGUACCACUAUAUACGUAAGUUUUGGGACAGUAAAAUGGAAACUAUGCAAUAGUUAUCCUGAUUGCAACAGCUGAUUCUAGUAGCCCAAGACGAGUAUAUAUAAGCACAAGUGUUAUGAUGAGCUUUCAUCAGACAGAAGAACAGGAGUGACCAGCUAAAAGAUUCAAACUUCAAAUUCACUCCACUUCAACAAUCACAAUGGCCAACUUCAUCUGUUUCCUCACUGCAUCCCUCUUGUUGAUGUUUAGCCUAGCUUGUGUUGCUCAAGUCCCACCGAGCAACAAAAAUGUCAUGGAUCUCUACAGUGGAAUAAAAGCUCAGGAGACGAUAUUGAUAAAUGGAAGAUACAUGAACAAAUCACUCAUCCCAGUCGAGGAGGCCCUUGGAUGCUCACAGUGUGGCGGCAAUAACGAUUGUCUAAUUCCCUGUAAUACUUUCUAUCGUCUUCUUCACUCCAUCACUGAGAUCCACGAGGAGCACCAGAAGUUGCAGGCUGUUCGAGAACAGAAUGCCGACGACAAGCAGAUAGAACUGUUGAGCAUUAUCUUGAACAGACUCAGCAACCAAGCGUGUGCCCUGCUAAUCUCAAAACUUGGUGUGGACAACUUCAGUUGCACUUACUCUGAGUUGAUGAAGACGAAAGCUAAACUGGAAAUACUGUUUGUUGGCAGAAAAGUCAGCAACAUUCUCGACAUUCUUGAUAUGCAGCAACAGGAGUUGAGGUUGAAAAAUGAACCCGACAGAUGGACGGAGGAAUUGGUUUGCAACAUUACUGAUAUGUCCCUAAUGAGAGUAAUCAACAGUGCUUUCGGAAGGCCUCUUCUGUGCCCAAGUUCUUAAGUGCUUUAUCAUAAUUAUAGAGCUUCGUUAGUUGUAUACAAUGUAUGCAUAGAUCAAGAACUCUAUGUAAUCAUGGAACUGUACUGUUAAUGCAUAUUGUAUUUUUUGAUCCUUUGAGUUCGCCUUGAGCUAUAUAGAGUGUUAAAUUUAAAAUGACUUUGUUAUACUGAAGAGUGUGCACUACAAUCUACCAAGCAAUUUUUAACUUCAAGCAAAAGCUAGCUAUUAUAGACUUGCAUGCAUGUGUUUUGAAUCUGAAUGGUUUCACUCUUGAUAGUUGUUAGGCUUCUUGCAUGUAUACACUGCCAUGCAUUACUACCACUCGGUCGUAUCGUAUAGAGUUAGCUUAAUAUACUCUUGAAGGGAAUAGUGGUUUAACUUGCAAUGUUGCAGCAACGGGGCCGGCUUGUGCUCAAAGGUCACCAAUUCCGAAAUGUGUGGGAGUUUAAUAUAACUUUUGCAUGUUCUCUGUGAACAUGUUAAUUUCCACAAUAUUUACAAAUACAGCCUGAGGCUCAAAAUUUAGAUCCUCGAAAACUGUUUCGAGAUAAAUAUAGCCUAUAAUUGUAUAGCAUUUAGCCUGAUAGCAAUUUCCUAUACUGACCCUAAAUGUAGCACAACUUGAAUGCGUGUAUAGACUUCAUUCAUGCACUUGUUUCUGUGUUCGUGAGUUGAAUUUAUACUGCAAUUACGGACCUUGGGCCUUCAUAAGUAAUUGACUCUCCAAUCGAGAUCACAUGACAGUUUAUUAUGAUCCAACUAAGUGGCAUAAUUGUAGGAAUAAAAGGACUAUCCUGUAUAGCUACUACAUUUUUGCUACAAUGUAUUAGGUAAAUGGCUUCACCUCAACCCAUUUACAUACCUUGGCGUCUAUACAUGUAGGGAAAGUACAGCUCAUAGAUAUAAGUUGCAUUUUUAUUACAUCUUUCCGAGCAGUAUACAUAAUCAAAGGAAAACCUGAUAGAGACAAGGUAUAUUUGCGUUGAGGUCGGCCCCAGAAGUUAUGUGGUCAAUUAUGGCUUCAUUUAUGGUUUAUGUGGUGGACAAGUGGUCUUCUACAUAGAAAAUGCUAACUUUUAGCUGGUUGAAGCUUAUCAGCUCUACAGCAUAUCGAUAGAAGUAUUUUUUAACAAAGAAUCCAAUGGUAUAUGAAAUUGUGAAUUUCAGUAAAGUAUGACAAAGUUAUGAUAACAUUAUCAAGGUUAACCUCAACCCACAA